AUGGAACAAGUAGAUGAAGUACAGAGUGAAAUUAUUAAACUAGAAUCAGUGAUAGCAUUAGAUUUACCUCCUCCAUUAGAGUCAGGAUUAGAUACUGACGAUGUAAGAAUUGUGGAAAAUGUUGCUGAAAAUCAAGAAAAUAAAUCAGAAGAUUGUACAGAUAAUAUAAUUCAAGAUGCUUUGCCAAUAAAAGAAUGUGAUAUAACGGAUUCAACUGAAGAAGUUGAAAACGAAAAUAAUAGAAUAACAGAAAGCUUAGACAAUGUUGUAAUUAUUGAUGAAGAACAAGAAAUAAUAAAUAAUGACACACAAACUAAUGAUAAUGAAUGUAAAAGGAAUGAGGAGGAACAUGAAGAAAACCAAGCAAAGGAAUCUGUUGAAGUUUCAAAUUAUUCAAAAUGUGUAGAAAAUACAUCUUUGGAUAAAGAAAGUACAAAAGCUUCAAGCAAUGAUGAAACAUUAAAUACAGAUGAAGGUGAACAACAACAUGAAAAGCACAAAGUUUGUACAGUGUUAAACAUAGAUGAAACUAAUGAUACAAGUGUUCAGUGUCAAGCAUUGAUUAAGACUCUUAGCGAGACUUUUGAAGAUAAGGACCAAUCAUUACAUGUUACAGACACAGGUACAGAUUUGUCUAAGCUAGUUGAUGGUAAUUCAGAAAUUAUGGUACUGACUGUUGAAACUGUGCCUGUUAAUGAAUGGCACUGCAAAAAUGGCACUACAGGAGAAAAUAUUGUGUUAACUGUACAUGAAAAGGAUGUUGUAGUGAAUUCCAAUGAAAAUGAUGUUUCAGAGAAAGAGAAGGAGGUGAAGAAAACUGAAAUUGUGAAUGAAGAAUUUAAUUUGAUAGACUAUACUCAAGAAAGUGAUGGAACUAUAAUAGAAGUAAUUUCAACAGAAGUUGUAGAUACAGAAAUUCCAGAAACAUGUAGUCAGCAAAGAGAUAAAAAAGUUCUAAAUCGUGCUAUUUCAGAAAAAGAUCCAGCUGAUAUGAAAGAAGAAGUAAUGCAACAGCAGUGUAGAAAUACAGUUGAUAUUAAAGAUGAGGUAAUGCAAGAGGAGUGUAGUAAUACAGUUGAUAUUAAAAAAGAGGUAAUGCAAGAGGAGUGUAGUAAUACAGUUGAUAUUAAAAAAGAAGUAAUGCAAGAGAAGUUAACUGGAAAAGGCAAGACUGAAAUUUGUGAUAGCCUAAAAGAAAGUAAUGUAAAAAAUGAAAAUGUUCACGCUAAAGUUGUCACACCUACAUCCAAUGUAGGAGAAGGAAAUAUAUCUAUAAGUGAAACAAAUAAAGUGGACACAACUAAGAAAAGAAGUGUAAUUCAAGAUAUCUUUGAUGAUUGGGGUGAUGAAAAUGCAGAGGAUGAUAAUCAGUCAGCAUCUAAAGUGUCAGAUACUGUGGAAAUUGAAUUGAAAAGUUUAUUAAAUGAUGCAAGAAUAACAACACAAACAAUAGAAGAUGGCACAGUUGUGCUUGUUGAAGAGGAAAUUACAUGUAUUAAAAAUGAGCUAGUUACAGAUACUGAAAGAGUUACAGGUGUUGUCAAAGAAAAUAAAGAUAUGCAAGUUUCAAAAGAACAAACAGAUAACAAUCAAACUGUAAAGAAACAACCUGCCUUAAAUAGUAUAAAGACAUCACUUAAGGACAGACUAAGUUUUUCUGUAUCACAAAAUCUUGGCAAAUUGAUAAAAGAUUCAGCACAUGAUUCAGUUUCCAUUAGUCAAACAUCAUCAUCACAAAUACAAAUUAUGCCUGUUAAUCGUGGACGUCAUUUAAUUAGCCAAAUAGCUUCACCUGCUGAGGUUACAGAAGCAUUAAAAGAACGAUUUCGUGAAAAACAAAAAGUUGUAGAUGUACCACCUGGACCUGAUAUAUUUUUUGUUAAGAAACUCACUCAGAGAUUAUCAAGUAAAUUAGCAGGUGGUCCAGCAAGUUCUUUACCAGCUCUCAUACCAUUGCCUCAAUCUACUACCCAAUCAUCUACUCAUUGUGAUAAAAAGAUAACAGAUAAUACUAACACAGGAACUAAUAACGAAAGCAAUCCUGAUAAUAAAGAAUUACUAGCAAUAUUGGAAGGUGAUGUUGAUCCUGAUUGGUCAGACUUGAAACCACCAACUUUGACAGAAGAAGGAAAAUCUCCAAUAAAAAUGGAGCAAAGUGGUCAUAACACACCACCAAAACUUGAUCCCUUAGUUGAAAGAGAAAUGGCAUUAAAACAACUUCUGGAAUUACCUGCUGCAUCAGUCAAAAAAAGUGUAUCAAAAAAGAGAAAAACAGUUAAACCUAAAGCAUCCAAGGAUAUGGAAGAAAAAUUUGUAUCUAUAACAGAAAAAGAAAUUGUUAAUGUUGAUAUAAUAGAUGAAGCUACACCAUCUGUAAAAGAUACAAAACCUUCCACUCCUACAUCAUCUCUCUCAAUUGUUGAACCCCAUACUCCAGAAAAAAAUACAGAGGUAAGUGUGCAAAAUGUAAGAGCAGAUGAAUCAAGAUCUGGUAGAAAAAGAAAACUUACAGAAAAAGCAAGAGAACAUGAACAACUGCUGAAUAUUGUAAAAUAUCAGAAAGUAUAUAAAGGUAAAAUUUCACUAAGUAAAAAGCAAUCACAAGGAAGUGAAUUGCAAAUUCCAGUUGAUACUAACUUAACAGUUGAGAAUCAUGUACCUAAAGAGACUAUUUUACCUGUCAGUGAUAUAAAUACUGAGGCUGAUAUCACAAUAACUAAGGAAGUAACAAACAAACAAGUUACAAAUAAUAAUAAAAUGGACACAACUUUAGAUAAACCAGAAAAUAUACCGUUAAAACAUCAAAAACAAACUCUUAGUAAAAAAGGAUCACAACCUAUAGCUAAAAGAAAUAUAGUGGUGAAAAAAAUAUUAAGGCAAAAUAUGUCUCCCAAUAAAAAAACUGCUGCUUUAAAAGCAAAAUUGAACACAUCAUCAAAGAAAUCCGGAUCAAAAGUAGUGGCAAAGUCGAAACGAUCAACGGAAAAUAAUGCUGGAGAUACUAAACCAAAAAAAAAGAUUAUAAAUGAAAUAGACAGAUUGCUUCAAGAUGAAGGAGUUGUAAAUUUACUAUAUGAUGUGGAACAACCCGACAAGAAAAGAUUAGUUCCCAUCACUAAAUCUCAAGCAAAAGUUAUGGACAUACAAAAGGUACAGCGCGAACUUAAGCUUAGAAAAAAAUUAGUACGUAAUGCCGUUUUAAGAUUACGUACAUCAACAGGAGGUGUAUCAAAAGUUUCUCCAAGAUCUAAAAGAACUUCUAUAUACUUAAGUGAUAUGCAAGUAGAUAAGAAAAUUGGAGAUCAAGUUGUAUCAGCAAAACCAAUGAAUUUAUCAUCUCAAGAGUUCAUUUUACCUGCAAAAAUAAGAAAUGCAGCAGAUGCAUCUGUUAUAAUCAGGAGACAUUCUUCUAGUUCGUUUUCCAGUGCAUCUGGAAGUCCUAGAGUUAGUAUUGACAGUCCUGAAAAAACUGAAGGAGUUAAAGUUGAUGAAGGAGGAUCUCAUUCACUGAGAUCUACAAAGAGAAGACAUUCACAGGAUGAAAAAACAAAUGUUAAGAAAAGUAAAAAAAAGGCUGUACAAAAAGGUGACACAGAAAGUACUGUUGCUGACACCAUAGAAGAUAUAGUGGUUCUUCCUGCACGACCCAAUAAAAAAUCAGAUUCAAAGAAAACUGAAAAAAAUGCCAAGCAACUGGAAACAGACGAAACCGGUAGUGCUUCAGGCAAAGUAAUUACACGGUCGAAUGGUACAACAACAGGUAAGGUAACAUCAAAGACAAAGAAAACUACAAAGAACAAAGUUACAUUUGCUAAAACAAGUGAAACAGAUAACAAUGAAGAAUUUUCCAAAGGAGAAGAUGAACUUUCAGCCUGCCUUGCAGAAGCUGCAAAUGCCUUAUCAGUGGUUAAUGCUGGGAAUCGCUCUGGAAAUUCAGCGGCAAAUCGUAAAAAUAAAGGUGAAACAAGUACCAUUAAGAUAGAGUCGGAUAAUAAAACAAAAAUGGAAACUCGAAGUCAAUUCAGUAACAAAGAAAUAAAUGUUCGUCGACACGGUAAUCUUGUACAAUUAAUACUUACACCAUCGUCUUCAACAAAAAUAAGAAAUGCUCUCACUCUUCAGGUGAUUCAAGAAUUUCGUGAAACAUUAUCAAUUCUCAAGAAAGAUGAUGAUUGUAGAGUUGUUUUGUUAACGUCAACAGGUAGCAGUUUUUGCGAAGGUAUCGAAUUAUCUAUGUUGUUACAUUCGAAUAAGGAAGAACGGCGGAUUCAUGCCCAAGAAAUGGCAGAUGCGGUUAAAGAUUUUAUUAAGUGUUUAGCAUCGUUUAACAAACCUAUUGUUGCUGGAGUUCAGGGUGCUGCAGUUGGACUUGGAGUAACGAUGUUGCCUCUAUUUGAUCUUGUGAUAGCUAGUGAUAAAGCCACAUUCAGCACGCCUUAUGGAAAAUUAGGCCAAAUUGCUGAAGGUGCUGCUGUUUUCACUCUGUCACAUAUUUUAGGAAGUGCAAUUACAAGUGAAUUAUUAUUGGGUGGGAGAACUUUAACAGCUAGUGAAGCAUUAAGGGCUGGUCUUGUAACAAGAGUUUUAUGGCCUGACAGAUUUCAAGUUGAAUUAUUACCAACUUUGAAAGCUAUGAGUGAACAGUCCUCACAGUCCAUGGAAGCUACGAAGGCGUUACUACGUCACAGUUUGCGAAAAAAAUUGGACGCUGCAUUAGAAUCAGAGAUGUAUUUGUUGAUCCAACAUUGGUGUUCUGCAGAAUGUCAAACUGCUAUAAAGGCUUAUAUUGAUGGAAAAGUCCAGUGAACAUAAAAAUGAUGUCCACUGAUUUGAAUGGAAGUACUAGCACCAUAUUCCAACACAACUAGUAUUGUAAAUUGGAUACGAGGAUUAAUAACGAGAUAAUUAGUU